UAUUUGAAGGCUAAAUUUAAGAAAAAUGAAUUUUAACUGCAGUCUUGAAAGUGUCCAGUGUCUUUAUGUUGCGAAUUGUUGAAAGUAACACAUUCCAAAGAUAAGGUCCAGCUGACUGGAAUGUACUAUCGCCAACAUCAAAUAACAUUGUGGCUGUUAUUUGACGUUGUUAAUAUUUGACGUCUUUGUUAUUUCUUUAACUCUGAUGAAUCUGACUCGGAGCUCAAUACAUCGGUAUUUGCAGACAAGAGAGUUAAAAGAUCUGCCUCGAAGUAAACUUGUACCGAUUUGAUUGCUUUUGUGUUGGCACUUUCUUCAAUACAUUAAAAAAAAUACAAGUUACAUGUUUUUAUUGCGAUGAUGAUGAUGAUGAUGAUGAUGAUGAUGAUCAUGAUCAUGAUCAUGAUGUUGAGGACUAUGACGAUGACGAUGAAGAUUAAUAACAGUAGCUGGACUUCGUGUAGUACAGUUCAGGGAGUAAUCUGGCGCGAGUAAAUGACUAAUUAAUAUUAUCCAACAGAUUCCGGAAUUGAAAACGUCUUUUGAGGGUAAACGUCUGUAACGACAUUACAAAGGACGCCAUUAAAGCGCGCGUAAUUGACGAGCGAGUCACCUGAGUAUCAAAUUAGGAAAAGUUCAAAGUGGAUACCAGUAAUUGAACACCAACGUCAUCGCUCGCCGAUUACGUGAUAUUUGGCUCGCGGAUCCCCAAUCACAAUUGAGGAUUUUUAACAGAUACGAUAAAUAAUGAAGAAGAAAUGACCAAAAAUAAAUAAAUAAUAAAGAAGAAGUGACCAAAAGAAAAAAAAAACAAACAAUUGACUGCUCCCGGGCUACAAAGCCGGAAAGGCUAAUUUGGUUGAUUGGUUCCUUUUGUUUGGUCUUUGCCUAUCUUCGCCUUUAUCUUUUGUCAAAUUUAUUUCCACUCGAAGUCUAACUCGAUCUUCAACUCGAAAACCGAUUCGAAGUCCAACUCGAAGUCUAACUCGAAGUCUAACUCGAACUCGAGUCCAAACUCGAGGGAUUAUUUCUCCCGAGGGCUGCAAAUUCGCGAUGACCUUGACUGCGUACUGAUCCCCGGGGACUGUUGGAUGAUCACGAGACUAACACAAGACAAACUUAACAUAGUAAUGAGCUAAUUUACUUUCUAAACGAUUAUUCAUCUUCCCUUAUCUACGGUAAGGAGUAAAACAACUUCGACUCGAACUUCCAUAUAAAUGUCAUCAAACGACGCAGUUAAUUUUGAGAGGAAGGCCUGAACAACAAGACGAUUUGGUCACGUUACGGAGUUUUCACCAUCUCGUUGAUAGGACUGUUGACAGAACGUCCAUGACUAUAGCACAAUCUUUCUUUCAUUUUCACCGAUAAAAUUCUGGUCGCUGGUCAUUUCCUCGGUUCAUUUUGUACUCAAACGUCGGGAUACCACAAGCAAGACGAUAUUUUAAAAACAAAGUGCUCUUGACGAGUUUUGUUUGCCGAAAUAAACGUUUCUAUUGGUUCCAAAGUGGACCAUUUCUGGUUGAACGCUUUGAUGACGAUAGUCGUUGGAAAGGCAGGUUGAUCUUGUUUCACAGCAAAUAUCACAAUUGUCAACGUGAGGAGUUGGAACCACUACACGGAAUCUCAGUGUUAGGACGACUAAAAUGAUAGUAUUAGCUUUCCUUGUUUACCAGGUUGGAGCAGUGUUAGCAGGACAGAAACUCGAUCUUCACCCGUAUCUUGACACGCUUCAGUUCCGUAAUGGUCCUUCGUUUGUCCAUGCCAAUCAAAGGUUUGGUUGGGAGCAGUUCUGCGUAUUAUAUUCUGAACCAGAAAAUGUUUCAACUAUUCGAUUUGGCUGGGAUUCAUUGGGAUUGAGAAGCUACUUGUUUGAAAACCCAGGAAAUCAAAAGAAGCAGCGGUCACCACCAGGAGGUAUGCGCAGUGCAGUUCCCUUGGGUGGCCUUGGAACGGGAUCGUUUGAGCUCCGUGGAGAUGGCUCUAUCCACGAGUGGACGAUCGAGAACCAGACUCCUGCAGGCUCGGCCAAACUCAAUCAAGCGGCUCUGGAUCUAGCUGUGUUCGGUGUCCGUGUGCACACUGGUGCCUCAAACACAGCACUACUGAUGCGCACCCACCCUCCCAAGGGAUAUCCAGGUGUUGCGUCCUUGGGUUAUUCUGGCUCAUACCCAGUCUCCAAGCUUACCAUACGAGAUAAACGAUUUGGUGACGUCAAACUGGACCUUUUUGCAUUUUCAGCCUUGAAACCACGUGAUUCCAAAACGUCAGCCACGCCUGCCAUUGCUUUUACGUUACGCAUCAAAAACCCAACAAAGAAGUCUAUCAAGGUGUCAUUCAUGUUAAACCUACCGCUAGGUAUUCAGACUGACACAAAAAGGUAUGGAAAGCCAACCAAAAGCUUCAAAGUGAGCAACUCUGACCCUACUUCAUGCUCUAAAACGUGUGUAGAUGAUUUGGAAUGCCUGUCAUGGCAAGUAGAUGUAAAAAACAAAACAUGUUUGUUGUUCGAUCAAGUGCCUCCUCAUGCGUGGCAGCAAGGAACCAUUUCUGGUCAGAAAAACGCGUGGACAGCUUGUGACUCGGUGCUGACGCUUAACAGACCUGGAAAGUACCCUCAGAGUGGAAACACUUCCAUUGCAACUGACAAGGAAGACAACCCUUCAUUCAUGGUCAGUAACGGUUUUAGACAAAUAUGGAAGCAAUUUAGCCAACAUGGGUACCUGAGAUCAACAGAAAAAUCGUUUGGAGCGGGUUUUCAUGGCGCUGCAUCUGUUAACAUUACUGUGAGGCCUGGUAAAGAAAACACACUGACUAUGGUGUUGGGCUGGUUUUAUCCCAAUAGAGAUUUCACAGUGGAAAAUGUGGGUAAUUACUACAGUAACAUCUUCAAAUCCAGCCAGGAAGCCGCAUUACAUAUGUCACGUGACUUAGCUUCAACUGUACAAGUUAUUUCGUCCUGGCAUUCGUCUAUGAUUCUUAACAACACCACAGACUCGGUCCAGACCCUCCCCAAGUGGCUGCAGGAUGUCUUAGUAAAUGGUUUGAGUUUCUGGCGUACUGGGCUCUACCUCCGUGAUGGAAGAUGGCGUCAAUUCGAGGCUCUAGACUGUAUCGACAUGGAUUCAGUUCAUAACGACUUUCAGCGGGAGAUCCCGUAUGUUCUGUUUUAUCCUGACUUGGUUAAGAAUGUGAUGCGAGCCUGGGCAAAGUAUCAGAGUAAAGACGGCCAUAUUGUGGAAACAUUAGCUGCCGGUUGUUACUCACGCACUAGAAAAAUUGACAGUGGGCCAGCAAUUCAACGAUUAAUGGGAGACGUCACGACUGUGUUUGUCGUAGAAACGUAUCACAUUUACUUGUGGACCAAUGACAGCGAGUUCUUGAGAGACAUGUGGCCACAUGUGGUAAAGGCAGUCGAUUGGAUGAUUUUCAAGGGAACACAAGGCACUGGUUUACCUUACAAACUACAAUGCACAUACGAUCAGCUUGAUCUCAACUUGUAUGAUCACAACAUCUUCAACAGUUUCCUGUAUGUAUUGGCUUUGCGUGCCGCACAGGAGUUAUGUAACAUUAUGGAUGACCACAGUUUAUGGAAGGAAGUUACAAUUGCGAUGGAGUUUGCGAGAUACACUAUCUCGGAAGAACUCUGGAGCGAGGAAGACGGUUACUAUCAUGCUUGGUGGGAUAAACAGAAAGGUUCAGCCUCGUGGCUCAUGAGUGAUUCACUAUACGCCCAGGUCUGGGCUUAUACUUUGGGGUUAGGACACUUGGACGAACCAAACAGGCUAAGAUCUCAUUUAAUGAAGGAACUUGAAAUCAACGACACCCCAUAUGGGCUACGAGUGAUGGCUACUGACCCCCCUACUAACAAGAGCGUGGGAUCGUGUCCAAAGGAUAUCUCCACUGCACAGUUAAACAACAGGGUGGCGUUACACGAAUCAAUAUGGAUUGGAAGCAGUCCUGAUUGGACAACACUUCAGAUACAUUUAGGCUUUGAUGCCCAAGAUGCCUUACAACAAGCAAAGAAAGCUAUUAAUCACGUGCGCUCUGGACUUAACGACCAAUGGAAUUUUCACGGUCUCUACUCUGGGACUGGGUACGGCCUUGAUGGUCUCCCAUGGUGCACUUCGCACUACACCUUUCAUAUGGUGUUAUGGCACAUUCCUUUUGCUCUUUCGGGCCAGUCCUUCUCGGCACCAAAUGCCACACUUUCAUUUGAUCCCAAACUUCCUUGUCCAUACAAAGUGCCGUUUUACACACCUUUCGCCACAGGUACUUUACAAUGUACCUUUCUUCACAUACCCCACAGAAAGAACCAAGAAACAAAAAAGUUUGAAAUUUUGUCGACCUCAGGUGACAUAUCCUUACAAGUACUUGAGGUCAGCGGCUUUCAGUAUCCUAGUGCAAUCACCAUCAAACAAGGCAAAGAAGUCACUUGGUGUUCGAAUUAACUGUUAUUAGCAAAAAAUACGAAAUCAUUUUCAGUCUUUAAAGCACUUGUGAAUCUUUCAGUGGAAUAAGAAUAUGUCUUUUUUAAAGAAAUCAAUGACGAACAAAAGUUCGACGUCAGUUGUGACAUUUUGAUGUUGUGGGCCAUGGUGUUUGUUGGACGCUGUUGUAAAUCUCCAAGAUUUUGUCUUUAGUCUUCUCAACAAAAAGUUUCUGUUUUUUUCUACUGUUUUCCUAAGAGAAACAGGAAGAUCACGCUUGCAAUGUCUAAUCAUAGAUUGAUCGAACUGGUAUAGUUUACGGUGAUUCGUUGGUCCACAUCACGUGAACAGCAGCACAACGGUUCUCUACGGGGACGUGAUACUAGUUAAAAUGUUCGCUCGCAUGCUUUGGGGUUUACCGUGUUUUAAAUAGAUUUUAAGGGUGUUUCAUCAGCAAGGAAAUGUAAUAAAAGACAAACAGAAAUAUACAAAUACAGGAAACCUCCUGGUAAAUUAUUAUCGACAAUAACUGGUUACAAAUUCCACUCUCGUGAUCUCGGGUUUUCCCUUGUCUUAUUCAGAAUUUAAGGGUUUUCCUCAAAAUAAAUAGGAGUACAAUCGUCAAAAAUACGUCCCGACAGCUCAAUUUUAAAGGAAAAGAAAGGUUUAAUUUUAAAAAGAUUCUGUAACAGUUCAGAGUGAAUUAAAAAUUUUCUAGGCGACAA